AAAACAUAGCUUCGCAUCAAUACCAUGCGAAACAUUGGUCAACCUUGAUGUCUUUGAUAAGGCUCCUAAACUAAUAUUUUUACAUCUGGAACAAACAUCCACGCUUGGACAAUGAGAUGUUUAGGUUUUAUCUGACGUUACUGUUUUGAUAUUAUGACUAGGGGUGUGUGUAGUGCUUUUGAUCCUGGCGGCGGGAAACUUGGCAAAUCUUGUCAGUCUGCACGUGGCUGAUGUUGGGAAAACCGGCGAAUUGCGUAUUUGGCUCGUGAUUUGUUUUGCUGUUCUGCUGCCAUACUCGUGGCUGGGAACGCCCAAGCACUUCUGAGGGAUCGCUAUCAGUGCUAGUGUAGCAACAGCUAUGGCUUGUUUGAUGAUCUGCGUGUGCAUCGCAUUGGAUAUGCCGUCUGAUUUGAAUACUGUUGAACAACCUAGUGUAAGCUUCGAGAGUUUCUUUUCAGCUUUCGGAACUAUAUUAUUUUCAUUUGGUGGCGCUUCAACCUUUCCAACGAUUCAGACAGACAUGAAAAAAUGCUCCAAGUUUCCAAUUUCUGUGUUCUGGGCGUAUGUUGGUGUCGUAAGCAUGUAUCUGCCUGUCUCAAUCCUCGGUUUUGUGGCUUACGGCAAGAACAUCACAUCGAACAUUCUCGAGAGCGUGAAAUACGAAGGACAUGACGCGGCUGCUGUUAUGUUAGACAUAGUGCUUGUACUGAUCACACUUCACCUGCUGUUCAGCUUUGUUAUUGUGAUAAACCCAGUAUCACAGUCUUUUGAGGAUUUUUUGAGCAUACCUCAAGGAUUUAGUGUCAAACGGUGCCUCCUUCGCACCGCCAUCAUGUGUUUUAUUCUUGGCAUUGGCGAACUCAUCCCAAAGUUUGGUCCCAUUCUGUCUCUUAUAGGAGGAUCCACAAUAACUGCAUUGACCUUUGUAUUUCCCUGUUUGUUUUAUUUGAGAAUUGAACGUAAUAUUCCUCUUCAUAUCAAGGUUUUCUUGUAUGAACUCAUAGCUGUUGGAAUUUUUGGUGGUGUGGCGUCCACCUACUCCGCAAUAAAUGACAUUCGAAAAGUAUUCAGUUAAACCUUCAAAAUAAUAAAAAUAUCGGACUUCUUCAAUGGCUAAGGUGGGGGAGGGGGUGGAGGCGAGGGCAGAAUUAGUCUCGUACACAGACUUCCCACGGCCAAGCGACAGAAAUUGAUCCUUCAUUUUGAUUAAACUAGUAGAAUCAGGGUACGAAUUGUUUGAUCCAGUGAGAGUUCGUAUUAUUACUUAAUGCAUGAAAUAUGUUUGUGCUAGUUUAUUAUAAAGAGCUGUCAUCUGGCCCUCGUGUAUGAUUCACCCGAGUGCCUAAGGAAAACGGUUAUAAAUAGCUCCCCGGCCAUGAAUAAAAGUACAUAAAUCGUAACAUGCAA